AUGGACAGCGGAUCAUGGUCUGAAGCCAGCAGUGCGAACAGGGCGAGAAGGCGACCCAUUCACACAGACUUCUCCACAAUGAACGCAGACAAGCAUGACGUCAAUCACCAAGAGGAAGAUGAAAUGGAAACUUUCCAUGAGGGCGAGGCCAUGAAGCUGCAGGAUGAAGAGGAGAAAGUACAGUCCAGUGACAAAAUCCAUAACGAGUCCGACAAGAUGGAAGACUCAGACCCUUCCAUAAAAACUGAGAACGACGACGAGAUUGUCCCAAAGGAGGAGGAGGAGGAGGAGGAGGAGGAGGGUGACGGGGGCAGCGAGGACGGAAUGGAGGAGGGAUACGAUAAUCUGAAAACAGAGGAGGAAGAGGAGGAGGAAGAUCCCCUAAGCGAACCUCAGGAGCUGUCUCUAGCAAACUACUUAAAACAGUACAACAACAUGAGUGUGUCUGACGCACACGCUGCUCCCGGGUCGGAGGAAGGGCCCGGCGCGCCCCCCCAGUGCGUCCCGUCUCAAGCCAAACUGAGCUGUGACGUGUGCGGCCUGUCCUGCGUCAGUAUCAACGUGCUGCUGGUGCACAAGAGAAGCCACACCGGAGAGAGGCCCUUCCACUGCCCCCAAUGCGGAGCCUCGUUCACACAGAAGGGGAACCUGCUGCGACACAUCAAGCUGCACUCAGAGGAGAAGCCCUUCAAGUGUCCCAUGUGCAGCUACGCCUGCCGCCGCCGGGACGCCCUGAGCGGACACCUGCGCACACACUCCGUGGAGAAACCGUUUAAGUGCAACCACUGCAGCCGGAGCUACAAGCAGAGGAGCUCCCUGGAGGAGCAUCGAGACAGAUGCCACUUGUACAUCCAGAACAAAGGCCACAGAGAGAGAGAAGACAGUCCCGGAUCAAAGAAUCAGAUGGGCUCAGAGCGUGCACUGUUGUUGGACCGGCUAGCCAGCAAUGUGGCAAAACGGAAAAGUUCAAUGCCACAGAAGUUUAUAGGCGACACUGGAGUCUGCCUGGACCUGAGUUUUAACAGGGACGCAGUUCAUUCAAACAUCAAAGACCCUCCUCCAGUGUCUCCAGACGCACCCCAGACCCCAGCUCCGGAGGGGGACCCAGCCUUCUCACACCAAUCCUACCCCAUUGGUCUAACUCGGAACGACCACAGUCCAAUGGGGAUGACAAACGGCCACAGCAUGGGCCCGCCUCGGCUCCCCCCUUCCUCCCAGCCCUCUGUUGGGAUGGACUCUUUUAACGGGGAAAUCCCAAACGGUCUCUCCUUCAUGGGACCCCUGAUGCGGGGGGUCAUGCAUUACCAGCAGGCCCAGCCGGUGCCCUUGUCUCCCCUGGAUGCCCUGCGCUCCAUGGAGGCCGAUGCGGGGUCGGUGUUCCCCUGUGGUCACUGCAAGCUCAUCUUCCUGGACUACGUCAUGUACACCAUCCACAUGGGCUGCCACGGCUUUCGAGACCCCUUCGAGUGCAACGUGUGUGGGCACCGCAGCCGGGACCGCUACGAGUUCACGUCCCACAUCGCCCGCGGAGAACACGGCCUCAAGUUUAACAACGUGAAAGAGGCGGCUCCAAGUGCGCACUUCCUCGGACAGCGACAUGUCCGCUGGGCCGUCACCGCGUCGGACGAACACUGGGACGGCCUAGUCCCGCUCCGAGCCGCUGCGGGAGGAAACGACACUUCUUCUUAUGGGAACAGCAUGCGGGAAAUGGUUGGAGGCUGCUGUGUGUGUUCAGACGAGAGAGGCUGGGCUGAGAACCCUCUGGUCUACUGUGAUGGACACGGCUGCAGCGUCGCGGUUCACCAAGCGUGCUACGGAAUCGUGCAGGUGCCCACUGGCCCCUGGUUCUGUCGGAAGUGUGAGUCACAGGAGCGGGCGGCGCGUGUGAGGUGUGAUCUCUGCCCCCACAAAGAUGGUGCCCUCAAGAGGACGGACAGUGGGGGCUGGGCUCAUGUGGUGUGUGCCCUGUACAUCCCCGAGGUGCAGUUCGCCAACGUCCUCACCAUGGAGCCCAUCAUCCUGCAGUACGUCCCACACGAACGAUACAUCAAGACGUGCUACAUCUGCGAGGACCACGGCAGAGAGAGCAAGGCGGCGUGUGGAGCCUGCAUGACCUGCAACAGACAGGGCUGCAGACAGGCCUUCCACGUCACAUGCGCUCAGAUGGCCGGUUUACUGUGUGAGGAAGAGGGCCCUGAGGCAGACAACGUAAAAUACUGCGGCUACUGCAAGCACCACUACAACCGCAUGCAAAAGAAGUUACGCUCCAGUGAAAACACAAGCACCUCCUUCAGUUACCCCAGGGGCCGGCCCACCACUCCACCUCCGGACAAGCACCAUCACCACCACAAUCCCAGAAAGAGUCACAAAGACAAGACUCGACCGAAAGAAAAAGACCGUCAUAAGAAAUCUUCCGACAGCCUGAGCUCUUCUGUGAUGAGCAGCAGCAUAGAAAAGAUUUCUUCCAGCCACCACAUCAGCAAAGACAGUGAGAGUAAAUCCAAGAAGCUGAGUUCACACAUUCACAGUCAUCGCACCAAGAAACCAGGAAGUACAGGGAAGAGCUCGUCCUCCUCUCGCUCCUCCAGCCCCUUCAACUCAGGCGGUGCUCUGUCUCAGGACCUCCAGCAGUUUUCCUCCUCGCGGCACGAGCGCGACAGAGACCGCGGCACGGACGACCACCACAACAACAACAACAACAGCAGCGACGAUCGAAAGGAGCGGCACAGGAGAGCGGCUGCACGGAAAGACGAAGAAGAGGAACAGGUGGAGGAGGAGGAAAAGGGAAAGAAAGACAAAGAAGAAGACAACGACGAUGAAGACUCGAAAUACCACGAACCUCCGGCCUUGACACCCGUCGAUGGACCAAUCCCAGCCACGCAGAACCAUGAUAGAACCGAGCGCAACUCUAGCACCCCGUUUGAAAACAAAGUGACCAUUUCCACCAUUGGCUCCAUCAUGCGCAUCACUUCUUCGUCCGGUACCAAAAUCCGCAAGAUCUCCUCCUCCUCUUCCUCAGUGGAUUACAAGCCUUCCAAGUCCCUCAAAGCGUCCCAGCUCAGCACGCCUCCCAUAAUGGAGGAAGCGGACGCGGAGAAGCAGGAAGAAGCGGAAAGAAAGUCAACGCCCCCGCCGUUGUUACCGCGGGAACGCCGGCACAGAGAGAGUAAGAAAAGUCGGCACGGGCCGGGGAGACCGAAAGGCAGCAAAAACAGAGAGAGGAGGGCUGGCAGCUUUUCCUCAAGUCGCGGAAAUUCCCUUCUAGGCUCUGGUAUCUACUCCAGCCUGAAAGAGCCUCUCACUCUGGGCGGGGUCGUGUCCGCUGCGCCCCUGUCUCUGGGUGUGGGGGUCUGCAGCCUUCUCUCGUCCCACGCCUCGUCACUCGCACUCCCGCCUGUCAACGCCGUCUCCAGUUCCCAGGUGCACCCGGUCUCCAGCACCUCCUACAGCUUGGCCGCCACACAGCCCUACUCCAGCUGUCUGUCCUCGGCCUCCGCACUGCUGAGCCAGCCCCACACCUCUCUGCCCGAGACAGAACUUGACGACUGUCGCUUCCCGUGUCAAGAAACUUCACCGAGAGAAAGUCUUUCCUCACAGUCUCCCAUGAGCUGUCUUCCUCUGCUGUUUGAGCACAGAGAUGGUUUGGGGGCGGGGUCCAGGCUGCGUCCCGAAAACGUCCCUUUGGCCAGUUCCCAAAUCGAGCUGCUCCUCGAGAAACACGGCAACGGAGAGAUGGGAGUCAACAUCGUAGAGAUGCUCCAGUCGCUCCACUCGCUACAGCAGGAGAACCAGCGCCUCCAGGACCAGAUCCUGGGUCUGACGGCCAAACGAGAGAGACUGCAGCUGCUGAACACCGAGCUGGCCGUGCCGUUCCCUCCACAGGCCUUGAACCACGGCGCACCCGGACCACUGCACCCCUCUGCCCAGAUGCACUUCCUGUCCGCCUCACAAGAGCCUCUCAGCUCAAAUAAGAGCCCACUGUCUAAAAGCUGCUUCCUGAAUGACCCCUCGUUUGUUACCUCCUCUGAGGAGCUUCACUCUGGCAGUCCGUCCCGCAGUAGCUCCGCCCUCUCCUUUCAGAGCACGCCUCCCCCUCAGCAAAGCCCCGCCCCCUUCGCGCAGCCGCCGCUCAACGGUCGCCUGGACGCUCUGGGUCUGAGCCAGGCCAACCUUCCUACCGUGGGAGGCCUGAUCGCGUCGCUAACAGGAAGUCCUCAGCUGAGCGUGAACGGGGUCCUGGGCGGUUUGAACGGCGUGAUCCAGUCCCCCGGUCACAGCGCCCCCCAGGCCUCGCUCCCGGCACUGCGGCCUCAGCCUCCGCCACUCAACACACAAGCACUGAUCCAGAGCUUUCAGCUGCCCAAGAGCGCCAGCCCGUCGUCUCUCCUGUCUGAGCAGCAGCAGCAGCAGCAGCAGCUACAGCAGCAGCUACAUCAGUUCCUGACGUCUCAAAACUUCACACCAGAGCAACAGCUGCUGGUGCUUCAGAUGCUGCAGCGACAGAGAGAGCUCCAGCGUCUCUCCUCCCCUCACUCCCCCCUCAUGGCCUCCUCCGCCUCCCCCCUGCAGACAGCACAGGGGCCCAGCCUCUUCACUCUCCAGGACAACGCACUUCACAAAACUGGGGAAAAAAGUGGGGACAAAAAUGGCUGA